AUGUCUUCACCACCUCUAACGCUUACUUUGGGCGCGCUGCAAGCCGGGGCGCUGGUUGCGACCGCACUUUCAGGCGCCGUUGGCUUUCAGGCGUUCAUGUACUGGCGCUCCUGUCAUGGCGAUCCGAAGGAACUGAAAGCAUUUGUGUCCUUGGUUUGGGCUCUCGACGCUGUACAGACAUCGCUCAUCGCCACGGUUUCCUGGCAAUACCUCGUGCACAACUUCAGCAACCCAGAUAUCGCAGACCAUAUAUUCGCGACGAUCCCCGCUACCGUGUCCUUCACAGCAUUGUUGACCUUCCUGGUGAACGGAUAUUUCAUAUGGCGCGUGCACCGACUUAGCAAAGGCAACUGGUGGUUCACGCUACCGACGACCUUCUUCCUCGUCGCAAGGCUGGGACUAGCAUUCGUAUCUACGGCAGAGAUGGUCCGGUUGAAGAGCUUUAGGCGCUUCCAUGACGGCUUCGGUCCCGUCUUUACGGCCGGGCUUACGAUGAGUGCUUUGACGGAUAUAUUGGUGACGCUUGGGCAGUGCUAUUAUUUGAGGGAUCGGAUACGGCGGGUGCCGAUUGCUGCGAAGGCGCUGAAGGAGUAUGUUGGAGUUGCGGACAACAAUGGUGCUGUGACCUGCACCGUGGCCCUCGCUUCUCUUGUCUGCUGGGUAACUAUGCCAAACAACCUAGUGUUCAUGGCCCUUCACUUCUGCAUCGGCAAGAUCUACUCGAACUCCCUCCUGGCAUCGCUCAACAUACGGAGAUCAGACAUGAGCGUGAAGCUCAUCCGCCCCGCAGACCUCCCGGCAAUCGAGCCGCCUCUGCAGACGAUCGACCGCCACUCAACGAUCUCGGAGGUCGAGCAUCCUUCUUCAGAGUCCAUAGGCUAUGUCACAUUUGCGAGCUCUCAUCGAGCCAAUACGCCGAGCGAUGUGGGAUCGGUGGUGUUGUCGUUUGCGGACGAGAAGGACAGGCCCGUUCGUGCAGCGCGCUAUGAUGUGUAG